AUGAAGAUGGGGAAAGCAACCAACCUCUUUGGUUCUUUCUUCUUCCUUGUUUGUUUAAGCAUUGAAUUUUCCUUGGUUGUCAGGGGACAGAACAGAACAACAAUCCCAGUGAAUGUUGGUGUGGUUCUUGAUGACCUUGAUUCACCAAACACAAAAGUUUGGUUGAGCUGCAUCAACUUGGGCCUCUCAGACUUUUAUACCUCUCAUGGUUCCUCUACAACUAGGCUGGCUUUAAGCAUCAGAGACUCCAGAGAAGAUGUUGUAGGUGCUGCUGCUGCAGCUUUAGACCUGAUAAAGAAUGAUCAAGUACAAGCAAUCCUAGGACCGAAAUCAUCGAUGCAGGCCAACUUUGUAAUUGAGCUUGGAGACAAAGCUCAAGUGCCCAUAAUCUCAUUUUCAGCAACGAGUCCUUCCCUCACUUCCAUUAGGAGUUCAUAUUUUUUCAGAGCUGCACAAAAUGACUCUUCCCAAGUCAAGGCCAUAAGUGCUGUUGUCCAAGCCUUUGGAUGGAGGGAAGCUGUCCCCAUCUAUAUAGACAACGAGUAUGGCCAGGGAGUCAUACCCUACUUGGUAGAUGCCUUGCAAGAAGUUCAAGCUAAGGUCCCUUACCGAAGCGCCAUACCUCCAGAGGCAACUGAUGACCAACUUGUUGCUGAGCUUUACAAGCUAAUGACCAUGCAAACUAGAGUCUUCAUUGUGCACGUGUUGCCCUCUCUUGGCUCUCGCCUUUUCGCCAAGGCACAAGAGAUGGAUAUGAUGGAUGGAGACUAUGUUUGGAUCAUGGCUAGUGGAAUGACCAAUCAUUUAACUACCAUGAAUGCUUCAGUCAUCAAUUCACUGCAAGGCGCAUUGGGUGUGAGGACCUAUGUGCCACAAACAAAAGAGCUUGUCGAUUUUAGAGCUCGAUGGAAAAGCCAAUUCCAAAAGGACAAUCCAACCAUAAUUGAUGCUGAGUUAGAUGUUCGUGCACUCUGGGCUUAUGAUGCUGCUUUUGCAUUAGCCAUGGCAGUUGAAAAUGUUGGGACUAAAAACUUUGGCUUCGAAAAGGCGAAUGCUUCAACCAACUCAUCAACUGAUCUUGAAUAUUUUGGGGUUUCCCAAAACGGUCCAGAACUUUGCCAAUCCUUGUCAAGCACUAACUUUAGAGGCCUCUCUGGGGAUUUCAGCUUUGUUGAUGGGCAAUUACAAAAUUCCGUUUUUGAAUUGGUGAAUGUGAUUGGGAAUGGAGCAAAAACAAUUGGGUUUUGGAAACCACAAGGUGGACUUGAGAAAAAAUUGAAUUUGACAAACACAAACGGUCCAUAUUCAACCUCUAAAUCUAAUCUGGCACCUAUUUUAUGGCCAGGGGACUCUCCCUCUGUUCCCAAGGGAUGGGAGAUCCCCACAAACGGCAAAAGAUUGAGAGUAGGAGUUCCUGCAAUUGAUGUUUUUGCUGAGUUUGUGAAGGUGGUGCCUGGUCCUAGCACUAACACAACCGAAGUUUUCGGAUUCUGUAUUGACGUCUUCAAUGCUGCAAUGGCUGGAUUACCAUAUGCUGUUACUUAUGACUUCAUUCCCUUUGCAAAGCCUGAUGGCUCAAGUGCUGGCAGCUACGAUGAUCUGGUCCAACAAGUUUUUCUCGGGAAUUUCGAUGCACUGGCCGCAGACACAACAAUUAGAGCAAACAGGUCUUUGUAUGUGGACUUCACAUUGCCAUACACAGAAUCAGGGGUUGUGAUGGUGGUGCCAAUGAAAGACGGCAAGAGCAAUGCAUGGAUUUUCUUGAAGCCUUUGACAUGGGACCUCUGGCUCGCAAGUUUGUGCUUUUUCAUCUUCAUUGGUUUCGCUGUUUGGGUUCUUGAACACCGUAUUAACGAAGAAUUUCGUGGCCCUCCCUCCCACCAAAUCGGCACAAGCUUUUGGUUCUCUUUCUCAACCAUGGUUUUUGCACAGCGGGAGAAGGUGGUUAGCAACUUGUCAAGGUUUGUGGUGAUCGUGUGGGUGUUUGUAGUGCUGAUACUGACUCAAAGUUACACAGCAAGUUUAACUUCACUGUUAACAGUUAAGCAACUUCAGCCAACUUUUUCCAAUUUGGGCGAUCUUAUAAAGAUCAAGGAGUAUAUCGGGUACUCCGAAGGAUCUUUUGUCCGUGAGCUUCUGAUCCAAAGGGGUGUUGAUCCUAACAAGUUGAGGCCUUAUAAAUCUCCAGAUGAAUGCUAUGAGUUUUUGACAAACGGGAGUGCAAAUGGCGGCAUUGCUGCCGCUAUUGAUGAAACCCCCAACAUGAAGCUUUUUCUUGCAAAGUAUUGCUCCAAAUACACCAUGAUUGGCCCAAUAUUCAAAACUGAUGGCUUUGGUUUUGUCUUCCCCAAAGGUUCACCUUUAGUACCAGACGUUUCGAGGGCGAUUCUGAAUGUGACUGAGGGAGACGUCAUGAAGGAAAUUGAAAACAAAUGGUUUGCGGGAAAUGCAACAUGUUUAGAUACAAAACCCACCAUCUCAGAUUCCAACAGUAUUGGCCUUGAUAGCUUCUGGGGUCUCUUCCUCAUUGCCGGGGUCUCUUCAUCACUAUCUCUCAUCAUAUUUGCAGCCUCCUUCUGUUAUAGGCAUUGGCACAUGGUCAUGACAACAGGAACUUCUGCAUGGAAAAGAAUCAAGGUGAUGCUUAGAAUCUUCGACCAAAAAGACCUCAGCUCCCAUACUUUUAGAAAGACUGGCUCUCAAGAUGGAAAUUACAUGUACAAUGCUGGCAGUAUAGCCACAUGUGUCGAGGCUUCACCAAACAAUAACAGCACGCGCCCACCAAGCCCACCAAGCCCUGAGUCGAUUGGCCAUUCAAACCACACAAAUCCAAACUCACCUUUCUUCAGAGAAGGAAUAUUACUGGUUGUUGUUGGUCAAGAAUAUCCAGAAAUGUGA